CUCGACAUCUCAACCAGCUCCCAAGAUUGCGUCCUCCAGGAAACAGCUCACCUCGUUCUGUAUGUGCGGUCCCUAUCCGCGAAGGCGACGCUACUACCAGAUCCGCGAAUUCCAGAUGGCCUCCUCGGCGGACGAGCUGGAGAGCGAGGAUCCGGAUGAUGAGCUGGAACUGGAUGACCCCGAUCCUGAGCCUCCUUCCCGCGCUGAAGCCUUGCCCGAAAGACUCUACGACAUCAACGAGGCGGAUACGGAGAGCAAGGCCGUGAAUCUGGAACAGCUGACGAUCAAGGAGGAGGACGCCUGGUGGAACCAAGUGCCAUUGAACAACCUGGACCUGAGCUCCAAUACCCUAACGCACAUAUCCCCCAAGAUCGAGAAUCUGCAAUCGCUGACCGUGCUCACAUUGCACGAUAAUGCGUUGGUGGAGCUACCGUCGGAAAUCGGGAAGCUGGAGAAGCUCAUGCGUCUCAAUGUGAGCCACAACAAGCUCAGCCAGCUGCCCCGUUCGAUCUACAGUUUACCUGAGCUGCGACACCUCAACAUCUCGUACAAUGAAUUCAACGAAGUCGAUCCGGAUAUUAGUGACCUUCACAUGCUCGAGUUUCUGGACGGCGGGCAUAACAACAUUCAAUCCCUGCCCGGCGGCAUUGGUUUCCUGGUGCGUCUAACUGCGCUCCUGUUGCCCUAUAAUCACAUCAAGGAACUCCCGCCCGAUCUAGUUAACAUGCGCUCCUUGCAAAAGAUUGAUCUGAUGCAAAACGACCUGACAUGCUUGCCGGAGGAUAUGGGUCUACUGAGGAAGCUGGAAUGCCUUUAUCUGCAGCACAACGACAUUUUGGAGCUGCCCGAGUUCGAGGGAAAUGAGACCCUGAGCGAACUCCAUGCUAGCAAUAAUUUUAUUAAGACCAUACCAACAGCUAUGUGCGGCAACUUGCCACACUUGAAGAUACUCGAUCUUAGGGACAACAAGAUCACCGAGCUGCCCGACGAGCUGUGCCUGCUGCGCAAUCUGAACCGCCUGGAUGUGUCCAAUAACACGAUCAGUGUGUUGCCCACCACUUUGUCCUCUUUGGCCCACUUGAUCAGCCUGCAGGUGGAGGGAAAUCCCAUUAAGACAAUCCGACGAGACAUCCUGCAGUGUGGAACGGCGCGUAUAUUAAAAACGCUGCAUGAGAGAGCUCUGGCCAAGUCGAAGGAGGAGGGAGGUGGCUCGGAUUUGGCCUCCACAUCAGCGGGCAUUAGUGUUACCCGUUUGCGAGGUGGAGCUGGCCAGUCGGACUCUGGGGAAAUACCCGGAAAUUUUCCGGAUAGAUACAAAUUACGUCAUUCACGCACAUUAGCUGUCAAUCUGGAGGAGCUCACUGAAGUGCCCGAUCAGGUGUUUCAGAUAGCCAGAGAUGAAGGAGUGCAUGUGGUGGACUUUGCGCGCAACCAGCUGAGCACCUUGCCCAAUGGACUGCAGCACAUGAAAGAUCUGGUCACGGAGCUAGUUCUAUCCAAUAAUGUCAUCGGCUAUGUGCCGCAGUUCAUCUCCCAGUUUACACGUAUUUCUUUCCUGAAUUUGUCCAACAAUCUGUUGAAUGACCUGCCCAAGGAGUUUGGUGUUUUGAACACACUGCGUGAACUGAACAUUGCGAACAAUCGCUUUUCCUUCAUCCCCAACUGCGUGUACGAGUUGCAAGGUCUGGAGAUACUUAUUGCCAGUGAGAACCACAUAAAAACGUUAAAUGUAUCGGGUCUGCAGAGCAUGCCACGUCUGAGUACAUUGGACUUGCGCAAUAAUGAUAUCGAUGCAGUGCCGCCCACUUUGGGGAAUCUGACCAAUAUAACGCACUUGGAACUGGUUGGCAAUCCUUUUCGUCAGCCCCGCCAUCAGAUCCUGAUGAAGGGCACCGAUGCCAUCAUGUCCUACUUGCGGGAUCGCAUACCAACAUAGAAGAGCAAUCAAGGCAACACUUCACUAGCAAUAUGUUUAUUUUGACGAAAACCUUAAUGGAAAUUAUUAGAUCCCCUCGACCAUGCCCACACACAAUCCCCCGUUUCGAAUCUGGGUUGGCUGUGUGUGGACAUGGACGAGAGGAGACGAGAGACAAGUACAACAUAAGACACACACCCUGUGCAACCAGCAACUGAACUAGUCUGCAUGUCGCAAUACCUUUUGCACGUUGUUAAUUCUGGCCGAGCAUCUGAAAUAAAUGGGAAUAGUAGAGCAUA